UCUCCCAACCUGAAAAUAAAAUUAAAAAAAAUCUCGAAAAAACCCAUUCUGAAAGGCAGUUUAUUUCUGGAAGACGGUAAAGCUAUACUGGACAAAUUUAUGUACUAGUGAAGUAAAUAAUUUUAAUUUGGCUUUGAAUUAAGCGGGAAUAUCAGAGAAUUCGGGGUUUUGAAUAGUUCUUGUCGGAGAGUGUAAGUUUGAAAAUGUCAGGAGGCUAUUCAAGCCUUCCAACAAGCCAUCUUCUUGGUUCUGUGCCGGCUGCAGUGGAUGCAGAUCAUAAAGCCUUGCAAUUUGAAGAGGCAAAUUUAGAGAUAUUUCCACCUAGUAACACUCAAGGUGGGACAUGGGGAUAUCACAGUCCAAAUGAUAUUGAUGAUCCAUAUGCUCGACUUGGUGCAGGAGGGGAAGGCAGUGAACAAGCACAAGGUGGAUGGAAAGGAUUUUUCAGCAUUGCAUCAUACAGGCCUUACUUCAAUAUAGAUACAUAUGAUGUGGUAGAGAGAACUAUGGCAACUCUUUAUGCUCAACGUGGAGACUUUCUCGAAAAAAUUCAACAUAAUCCAGACUUGUAUGGGCCUGCUUGGAUUUCCACAACUCUAGUUUUUAUGGUAACAGCACUGGGAAAUUAUGCCUCCUAUUUGUCUUACGGUCAGGGCAAGCAUACCAAGGAUUGGUAUUAUGACAUUAAUUAUGUGAGCUGGGCUGCUUUUGUUAUUUAUGGAUACAUUUGUUUGGUACCCCUUGGAUAUUAUUUCCUUCUAAAGUACUUGAGCAUACCAACAAGCUUUGUCCAGCUCUGCUGUCUUUGUGGAUAUUCUCUGUUUAUCUUCAUUCCAUCUUCGCUCCUAUUAAUCUUUCCAACUGAAUUUUUAAGAUGGACUGUGAUAAUCCUUGCUGGCAUAGCAUCAUCAUGGUUUCUAGCCUUUAAUUUGCGAUCGUACAUAAUGACUAUGAGUGAUAAGUGGGCAACUGUGGUAGCAAGCGCAUUUGCAAUACAAUUGUGUUUGGCCCUUACGAUUAAGUUUUGUUUCUUUGUAUAGAUCGAGUAGAUUUAGAUGAGUAGGUCUAGGCUUAGGUUUUAAUUUGCAUAUUUUUUCGGAGUUUUUUCACGAGGGUCAAGUUACUUAACUUGAGCUCCAGUAUCUAUGUUCCAAUGAUUAUCGAAGACAGAAAGUAACAUUGAAUCAUAUGGUCCUGGUAAUUUUUUCGUCGAUGGAAAAAAGUACUAAAGAUACUCUCAUAUGUGACAAAAAGCAUCGUGGUUUACCUCUGAAUAGUAAGUAGCCAUUUGCGGACUGUAAAGGGGUAUGUUUUUUGCCUCAUCUGACUUCCAUUAAGCUAUCCAUCAUCUUCACAGGGUAUUGUAAAAUAGUUAUCUUCCCACUUGAAAUGUACUAUCCAGGUUUGGGAUUUUUACUAGUAAUUAAUAUUGCUAACCUUGCAUUAUGGAGGGGUUGAGGAAGAUACUAAUGGUUUGCAGAUGAAGGAUAGCGCUUUUAUUUAACUGAGGCAAGCUUCCUUACUAGUACUUUGUGCAUAAUGAAUAAUAUCUGAAUAAUGGAAAUCUGUUGAAUUUUUCAAGUA